AUCUGUUUGCUGAUGAUUUGUGAAUUUUAAUUGCAUGAAUGUUAUUUUUGUAGAUAGUGGACAUGCUUGGAUAUGACUCAGCUAGAUCUGACCAAACUUUAGUCUAUGUUCUGACGCUUGGAGUCGUGGAAGCAUACAGAAGUUUUGGAAUAGCUUCUUCUCUGAUUCGGGAGGUCAUAAAAUAUGCUUCAAGUAUUCCAACCUGCCGAGCUGUCUACUUGCAUGUAAUCUCUUACAAUAACCCUGCAAUCAAUUUGUACAAGAAAAUGUCUUUCAAAUGUGUGAGAAGGUUGCAGGGGUUUUAUUUGAUCAAUGGCCAACAUUACGAUUCGUUCUUAUUCUUGUAUUAUGUAAAUGGGGGUCGGUCUCCUUGCUCACCAUUAGAGAUUCUCACUGCAAUAGUAAGCUUCAUGAGGAGUGGCUUUAAGUCAGUGGCUGCAAGGCUUUGCAGGAGCGGAAGCAGGAAGAUCUCAAGGCGGGCAAAGUGUAAAGAAAGUCAUUCUCUUGUGUCAGCAACACCCAACAAAAGAAACGUAGCAGUGGAAUGUUCUGGUUAUGAGUGUGUUUAAUUUUUAUAAGUUUUCUGUUUCCUGUAUCAAUCAACCUCACUAUUGUUGAUUCCCUCCAGAAAGGUCAUAUUCGAGCCAAAAGAUAUUUGUUACCAUGAUGUCAUAAUAAACUUCCUCAAUCCAGUGAAUUCACAUA